AUGUCUGAGAAGAAGCAGGCCACGCCGCCCGUUCAAUUGAACCGACUCAAGCAGAUCGCCAACGAUGCCUGCCAAAGCGCCAUUGGCAGCGCAGAGUACUAUGACCACGCCAAGACGCCGGAAUGGAACUCAAACAUCAUCAACGGCAUCCUUCGCGCCGUGAUCUCCGAGUCCACCCCCGACAAGGCCGCCGCCCCGGCGUACAAGUUCGCCGUCACCAGCACCAUCGUGCAGCACCUCGUACCCACCUCCCAGCUCAACAAGGCCCAGGGCACGUCCACUUCGACCGGCACAUCCACCACCGAGGAGCCCAAGGAACCGGCCGCCGAGCCCGCGAGCACCGCGACUGCCACGGACGGCAAGCCCCAUGUGGGCCGCCGCGGCAUGCACUCGGCGAGCGGGGCCUACUGGAACGAGGAGACGGACGGCAUGUGGAGCUACAAGUACGAGGGCGGUGACGCGAAGGGCAUGGACGUGGUCAUCAUGCUGAUCUGGGUGUCGCUGUGA